AUGCAUCUUUUCCAUACUUCAACAACUAUUGACAACGGUAUUUGUCAGGAAUUGUUUGCAACGUCCAUACAAAUGUACGAGAUUAGGCCACUUAAAGUUCACUUGAGAACAUAUAAUUUGAAAGUAGUUGUUAACGGACGUAGAAUUUUUGUAAUAUUGCUUGCAGAAGUUCUCAUCUACCGGAUAAUGCAACCAACCGAGGUCACUAAACAUACUGUCGCAUCACUCCGAGCAGCUCCUGUCGGAGAUGGCCACCAUGGAAGGGAUUUCUACAAAUAUUUCUUUGAAACCCACCCUGAACAUCGUCACUUCUACAAGGGAGCUGAAAAUUACAGUGGUAAAGAUGUGUUAAAGAGCGAGAGAUUUGACAAGCUGGGAGAUGCCAUACUGCUUUUCGUGCACGUUCUAGCCAACACUUAUGAAAAUGAAUCCGUUUUUCGCGCUUUUGUCCAUAGAGUGAUGAUUGAGCAUUUCACGAGAAACAUUGAUCCUAAACUCUGGAAGCCUUUCUGGGAGUUCUGGACCGGUUACUUGAACAGCAAGGGAGCAAAUCUUUCUGCUGAACAGCAGACAGCGUGGGAUAUUUUGGGCACGAGAUUCAACGAGGAAGCCCAAUCAUAUCUGGCCAAAGUUGGACGCAACCACGCUUAG